GCGGUAACCAGAUCGGUGCUAAGUUCUGGGAGGUGAUCAGCGAUGAGCAUGGCAUCGAUCCAACUGGAUCAUACCACGGAGACAGCGACCUGCAGCUAGACAGGAUCAGUGUAUACUACAAUGAAGCCUCAGGUGGGAAGUAUGUACCCCGUGCCAUUCUGGUGGAUCUGGAGCCUGGCACCAUGGAUUCUGUCCGAUCCGGUCCCUUUGGCCAGAUCUUCAGACCCGACAACUUCGUCUUUGGUCAGAGCGGUGCUGGAAACAACUGGGCCAAGGGCCAUUACACUGAGGGGGCUGAGCUGGUCGACUCUGUCCUGGAUGUGGUGAGGAAGGAGGCCGAGAACUGUGACUGCCUGCAGGGCUUCCAGCUCACCCACUCCCUGGGCGGUGGCACCGGCUCAGGCAUGGGCACCCUGCUCAUCAGCAAGAUCCGCGAAGAGUACCCCGACCGCAUCAUGAACACCUUCAGCGUUGUGCCAUCCCCAAAGGUGUCCGACACCGUGGUGGAGCCCUACAACGCUACACUCUCUGUGCACCAGCUGGUGGAGAACACUGACGAGACCUUCUGCAUCGACAACGAGGCGCUCUACGACAUCUGCUUCCGCACCCUCAAACUCACUACGCCCACAUAUGGCGACCUCAACCACCUGGUGUCCGCCACCAUGAGCGGAGUCACAACCUGCCUGCGCUUCCCCGGUCAGCUCAAUGCCGACCUCCGCAAACUGGCCGUCAACAUGGUGCCCUUCCCCCGUCUGCACUUCUUCAUGCCAGGGUUCGCCCCCCUCACCAGCCGUGGCUGCCAGCAGUACCGCGCCCUCUCCGUACCUGAGCUUACCCAGCAGAUGUUCGAUUCCAAAAACAUGAUGGCCGCCUGCGACCCACGCCACGGCCGCUACCUGACUGUGGCCGCCAUCUUCCGCGGACGCAUGUCCAUGAAGGAGGUGGACGAACAGAUGCUCAACAUCCAGAACAAGAACAGCAGCUACUUCGUGGAGUGGAUCCCCAACAAUGUGAAGACCGCCGUCUGCGACAUUCCCCCGCGCGGGCUCAAAAUGUCAGGCACAUUCAUCGGCAACAGCACUGCCAUCCAGGAGCUGUUCAAGCGAAUCUCCGAGCAGUUUACCGCCAUGUUCCGCCGCAAGGCCUUCCUCCACUGGUACACCGGCGAGGGCAUGGAUGAGAUGGAGUUCACUGAGGCUGAGAGCAACAUGAACGACCUGGUGUCCGAGUACCAGCAGUACCAGGACGCCACCGCCGAGGAGGGCGAGUUUGAGGAGGAGGGCGAAGAGAGCAUCGCUUAAAUCUCAGUUCAGCCAGAGUCUCACUCCUCCCCCAUCACUCCAUCCUUCUGCUUUCCUCCAAGUGAGCAGAAGGUCACU